GCUCGGGCAGCUUCAGAUCGCCUGGUGGAGCUGCGGUGGAUGUGAAGCGUCGCGCUGUUCACACUUCAUUUAAAGGGAACAAACCCAACAGCGGACUGGUGUACUUCAGCUCUCACCUUUUUUUUUUUGUUUUAAACUUUUGAGCAAGAAGUUGAUUUCUUUUUUUCUUCUUCGUCUUUUUGGGUUGGUUGUGGAGUGAAGAUGGGAGCUCAGUUGUCUAAGGGUGGAGCUGCCGAGGCUGAGAGCGCAGCCGCUAAAACCAACGGCCAGGAGAAUGGCCAUGUGAAAACCAACGGUGACGUCUCGGCCACACCUGAGGGAGAGGCGGCGGUGGCCGACGGCAAUGGAACUACAGAGGCUGUCAAGGACGCUGCGGAGACCGGCGACACCAUUGAGGCUGCAGAUGGUGAAGGAACCAGCGACAAGGCAGCGGACGGCAGUGAGGCCCCCAAGGAGACCAAGAAGAAGAAGAAGUUCUCCUUGAAGAACUCAUUCAAAUUUAAAGGCUUCUCACUGAAGAAGAACAAGAAGAACACUGAGGAACCAGCGGAGGCAGCAGUGGCGGCACCAGAAGAAAACGGUCAAGCCCCCAAGGAAACCAAAGAGGAGGAGGAGCCAGCUGCCGAGACCAACGAGGCGGCUGCUGAGGCAGAAGUCGAGGCAGCACCUGCUCCAGAGGCUGCAGAGGAGGAGCCUAAAGCAGAGGAGGAGCCUAAACCUGUGGAGGAAGCCACACCUACAGAGGAGAGCACCAAAUCUGAGGAAGCUCCUGCUUCCACUCCUGCUGAGACCGAGGCCACACCUGAGGCCACGCCCGCUGAGCCCACACCAGCCUCGGAGUAACUUACUGUGACCGAACUGAUUUUUUCCCCUCGUUCCUUUUCUUUUUUUUUACUUCCCCCCCUUUUUUUUCUUUCAUUUUUUUUAAGAUUGAAAUAUAUAAAAUAUAUAUAUGAGACUUGAGCCACGUCACUGAAGUUUCGUUAAGGUUCCAGCAGUGUCACGACGCAAAGACGAGCUGACAAAAAAAUAAAUAAAGCAUCAGUUUCUCUUGUUCAUUCGCUCCUUCUCUGCUGUGGACGUACACAUGGGGACUGCGGAGGAGAAACGGAUUCUCAUUAAAACGCAUCGGAGUACUUUCCAGUCUAGAAGUGUAUCAUACGUAACAGUCUCAUAGCCCACGUUUCUCCUGUCUUGGAUGCCGGUGGCAGGCGAGCAAAAUGACGAAUCGUCACUGACGGUUAAAGGACAAUGUGAAGCCUCUUAAAAUAGUGUUUGUGUGUCUGUGUGUGUGUUUUGUUUAGAAGAUCCACAUUCCUCCUCCGUUGUUGUUCUUGUUGAUGUUUUUUAACCCCUGAAAACACGUACGAGUAUUUAGUGCAGAGACUUUGGAGGAGCGGUUUAGGUUUAGGCUGGUAUCUGAUGAGCUUCUGAAAGUGUGUCGUCUCUCUUGGGAGUUCGGUGUUGGGGUGUACAAAACCACUGCUUUUUCUCAGCUUCUUUUUGUUCAUCUGUAUAUAAAUUUUCUUUUUUCUUUUUUUUUGCUAACAUUUAAACGUUUAAUUGUUUUGUUGUAAGAUCAAGGGCAAAUAAAUGUCAAAUCUCAUUAAA